UUUAGUUUUAAGGUGUUUAUUUUACCAUAUAUAACUUGGUGGGUACGUACGUUUUAAUUGAAAUUUUGAAGCUAGUUAGGUAUAUAGGUAGUACAUCAGUACACACUUACACUUCGACUUGUCCAGUUUCUCUCCACUCUAUUCUUAUAGGAUGAUGAUGGUUAUAAGAUUCUCCAGGAUAAGCUUUGCUCCAAAGCCAUCAUACUUGUACUCUGCUUGUCAGAAAUAUUUGAACAAGUUUUCUUUAAAAGGAAAUAUAGGAAUUACGGAAGACAGAAACUUUUCUAAGUGCUCUGCAUGUCUUGGGAAAGCCAGUAGUGUUACUGAAAGGAAAUUUUUUCUUAAUGGAGAAGAUUCAGAUUCAGCCUCUUUACAGCCCACUCUUCCAGAAGACAACACUAAAAUCAGUCAAGACAAAAACAUUCAUGAUCUCAGUAAAAAGAUAAAAAUGCUUCUGAAAGGAUCUAAAGGAACAAGAAGACAACAUAUAGUGGACAAAAAUGUAGCAGAGACGCUAGUAACACAUUUAAAAAAAGAUCUAGGAGACAGUGAUAUCAUAGUUGAGUCUUCUCCUGGGAUUGGGGUGCUGUCUGAAACCAUUUUAACCCAGACUGAUAACAGUGUUGUAGUUUAUGAACCUAAUAACAAACUCAGGUCAUAUUUAAAAAAGGUACUGCUGCCCCAAUAUUCAAGCCGUCUCCAGAUACAAAAGUAUGAUUUUGAAAAGUUUUAUGGAUAUUAUAUCAUAGAUCAAAAGGAGCCUGAAAAGCCAAUAUUACAGAACUUUUUAGAUCCAAUAUUGAGAAAAGAAGAAUCUGAAUUUUUGCCAGUAAAAAUUGUUGGUGUGAUAUAUGAUGCUAAAUUUAUUGCAAGACUGAUUUUCUCAUACACCUUUCAAUGUUCUUUGUUUGGAGAAAUCUCACCUGUCUUGUACAUAUACAUCCCUUUCAGUAUAUACUGUAAAAUAACCCGUGAUCUUAAUCAUGUGUAUAAUAGUCAUGGUCUAUUAUUUCAAUACUACUUUAAUGUGGAGACCUUACAUGUAACACCCAAGGAAAGUUUUUAUCCCAUCUGCACCAAGUCUAGGAAAAAAUUGAAGGAUGAUGAGGACGUGUAUCUUGUCAAGAUUUCAGCAAAAAAGGAAUUUCUCCAGGAGGUGCCAAACAAUGAGCGGGAGAGUUUCCACUUCUUCAUGAACACCGUGUCACGCAUCAAGAGGGUCGACUCACUCAUCAUAGGCAUGGAGCGUUGGAUCCCUGACUGUGGCCCAGAACUUAUUAAGAAUGGCUUCCAUGUAUUUGCACAUCCAAGAGAGUUAUCAACAGAGCAACUAUUGCAAGCCUACAAGAUUUUCACAAAAUUUCCAUCUUAUCGGGAAUCUACCUUCCAUUACCAAAGACAGCAGUUUGUUGCAAGAUAUGGAUCAAAAGAUGAAGAAAUGUUAGAGAGUAAAUCAGCAGAUGAAACUACUGACUUGGAUGACCAUGACUUCUUGGAAAAUUGAAAGUCACUUUGUAGCCUUUUUUUUCCCUAACUUCUGCAAGUCUUGAAAUUUCAUAUUUUCCUUCAGCAGUCGAUGGUAGAGGAAGAAUGUUUCUAUGAGUGGAACUGUAAGAGAUGUGGCCCAAACAAAAAUACUGUACAUGACUUUCAAAAGUGACAAAGUAAAUAAGCAGAAAAGGCAGUGAAGUGCAUGAAGUUGUUAAGACAAGGAGUGGAGAGAGAGAGAGAGAGAGAGAGAGAGAGAGAGAGAGAGAGAGAGAGAGAGAGAGAGAGAGAGA